CUGAAACCGUCUGACCAAGUGGUCUAGACCUGCGCAAUGAUUGAAUGAUAACACCAACAGCCAGACUUACGCUCUUUUUUCCGAUAUGGACGCCGCUCUAUUUUCACCUACCUGAAAGAUGGCUGGCCAUUUCACUAAGCUGCUGUGGUGUCUCUGACACACUGCCAGUGGGGUCGGGUCGCAGGCUGAACCAUAAUCUCCAGGAGUACCUAGGCAUCCAUGCGUGGCGAUCAUAGCUGUCGCCUUGAGUUGGCAGCAAUGUCAGAAUUCGACAAAACCUCAUGCUAGGCUGGCAUAAAUUGCCUCAUGCAUGAUUUAGCCGGGUUGGUGCACACCUCAGAAAUAUUAUUUGUGUAGCUCUGGGUUGCUUGCUGGCCUUGGAUACAUCAGUGUUGCCAUGGCUAAGCCUAUUGCGAGAUUCACCAAAAAUGCAUGUGGUGCAGGGCUGGCUUGGAAGUGGGGGAAACCCCUAAAAUCCAAGGCUGAUGGAAAACUUGGAUUCCGGAGCCAGAAUUUGUGUUCUGAACGGCAAUGGGCUGGAUUUGAAUACUGGCGACCAGGUUAAUCGGGUGGCUUGACCCAGGUUGGCCAAAGCUCUGCCUACUUUGUUUGGCGUUGCCGAUGCUCUCUGCGAGGAACAAGAUUGAGACGGGAUCUGGGGCUCCGGGCCUCACAACGGCAUGCGCGGGCAAGGUUAUGCCGAAACACGGCCCGGGUGUAAAGACAGAUGAACAGGCUAGACAUCUAAGACGGGAGACUGGGUUCGUCUUCUAAUUGCAUGAUUAAGGCUUCCUUGAUUGACUACGUGACUGGCGACUACCACUUGAUAACCCCCCUUGGCCUAUCAGAAUUGAUAUGUAGCUAG